AUGGCCAAUUCUGUUGUCAGCGACGACUAUGAGCUGAGUCGUGUCCAUACAAACGACGAGCUCGGCCAUGAAGACGAUUCGAGAAAUCCAGCAGAGGUUGAGCAAACGCUGCCUCCAGCAGACUAUGGACGAGGUGCUUAUGUCGCUCUCGCAUGCUGCACAGCUGCUCAAGCUCCUAUUUGGGGGUACUCUGUCUCCUUUGGCAUCUUUCAAGAGUAUUACAGCAAUCCUGAUCAUGGCAUAGACGCUUCUCCCGGAGCCAUUGCCACAGUCGGAUCCAUGCAGAUGGGAAUCAUGUAUCUGCUGAUGCCCGUCGCAUUCGUGAUACUGAGCAAAUAUCCGUAUCUGCGACGCUGGUGUGGUCCUCUGGGGCUCGCUCUUACCGUCAUCAGUUUGUCUGCCUCUGCUUUUGUCAGCAGCAUUGCAGGUUUGAUCGCGACGCAAGGUGCUCUUUACUCAAUUGGUUGCGGGCUUCUCUUCAGCCCCAUUUCUCUUUAUAUGGAUGAAUGGUUUGUCCAACGAAAGAGUCUGGCCUACGGCAUUAUGUGGUCUGGCAAGUCAUCGGUGGGUGUCGCCAUGCCUUUCCUCUUCAGCAUGUUACUGCGAAAGUUUGGCCUCCGUGCAACAAUCCUUUCUUGGGCUAUAGCUUCCGCGCUGUUGACGUUGCCAACUCUCUUCUUUCUCAAGCCGCGCAUUCCGCUGUCUACUGUGUCUCGCGCCCGGCCACUCUCGUUUGCCUUUCUUCGCCAUGCUUCAUUUUGGAUGAUGCAGUUUGGUGUAGUCGUUCAAUCACUUGGAUAUCUCAUGCCAAGCACAUAUGUGGCUUCUUAUGCGUCUGCUAUCGGUCUAUCUUCUGUUACGGGCCCUAUUUUACUUGCCGUCUUCUCCACGGCUUCGGUGCCUGGGUCAUUGGUCCACGGCAUGCUUGGCGAUAGACUAUCUGCGACCAAACUUGUUCUUCUCUCAUCUUUCGGGAGUGCUCUUCCGGUUUUUCUUCUCUGGGGACUCGGCCGUCGUCUCAGUACCAUGGUUGCUUUCGUUAUCCUGUACGGCUUUUUCGCUGGGGGGUUCAGUUCCACUUGGUCCAGUAUGACUGAAGAGAUUAAAAGAGAUGAUCGAGCUGCAGAAACUUCUCUGGUAUUUGGCCUACUCCUAGGCGGCAGGGGGCUGGGCUAUUUAAUUUCCGGGCCUUUUUCUGGCUCGCUUUUGUCCAUAAAGGAUCUACUCACAGAGGAGCCGUUGGGAUAUGCGACUAAAUAUGGUCCUAUGAUUCUCUGCACCGGUAUUACGGCUAUUCUAGGAGCAUGGGCUCCAUUGUGGAAGGGUGCGAGAAUUACAGGCAGAGCGACCCUCACAACUUGCUCGAGUCUGUUCAUUGCCCCUUCGCGGUAA